GGUUCAUGAGCGGACCAUUCAAGGCGCGGUGUCGCUCAGCGCCGUCGGAAGCGCAGAUGCGCCCGUCAGACAGACAAACAAGCGGGCAAGCGGGACUGUGGCGCGCUUUAAUCGUUUUUGUUUGUUUGUUAUUUUGAGCGCGGACGCUGCAUGUGAGCGCGCAGGUGCGCGAUGCCGCUGCUUCCCGCACAGCAGCCGCAGCUGAUCCGCAGCAGCCAGAAGGACGAGUUCUACCAGAACUGUCUGCGGAACCAGGCCAACGAGGCUGUGCAGAGCUUGGCAGGAUCCAAGAGGUGGCUGGAGUGGAGGAAGGAGGUGGAGCUGCUGUCGGAUCUGGCGUACUAUGGGUUAACAACCUUGUCUGGAUACCAGACUUUGGGGGAGGAGUAUGUCAGCAUCAUCCAGGUCGACCCUUCAAAGCGGAGGGUGCCGUCGCGGACUCGGCGUGUGGUUCUGAUCUUGCUCCACACCUUUGUGCCCUACCUGCUUGACAAGGCACUGAUCUGCCUGGAGAACGAGCUGCAAGCCGAAGGCCUGGAGUCCCGAGCUGGUCGGAGUGAAGCGACCCGGUCCUGGAACCCCGCUUCGUACCUGCGGGCCCAAAUGCGGCGAGCUGUGAGGCUACUGACAGAAGAGCAGAAGAAGGCGCUGCUGCCGGCCGUCCUUGUGCUCCAGCAGGGCGUCACCCUCCUGCACAGGUUCCACGUGGCCUUCUUCUACAUCAACGGUGCCUUCUACCACCUGGCCAAGCGGGCCGCAGGCAUCAGUUACCUGCGUGUUCAGGGAGAGGCCGGUGAGAGCCUGAUGAUACGCACCAGUUACAAGGUGCUCGGCGUGGUGUCCCUGCUGCAGCUGGCGCUGACGCUUACACUGCAGCUCAACAACUUCAGGCAGAGACGGAGAGCCAGGGAAGAGUGGAAACUGCACCGGAACCUUCCCUCCAGCGCCCAGCCAGCGGAGCCACCUGGUGCCAAGGCUGCCCGUUGCAUCCUCUGUUUGGAGCAGCGGAGGCACUCGACAGCCACACCCUGCGGACACCUCUUCUGCUGGGAGUGCAUCACCGAGUGGUGCAACACCAAGGCGGAGUGUCCCUUGUGCAGAGAGAAAUUCCUGCCCCACAGACUGGUGUAUCUACGGAACUACAAAUAACAAGCCCUCGGCACUCUGUUCAUCUCGUAAACCAUUUGAGAUGUGAACACACUGGAAUUCGGUUAAAACUGUUGCACUUUUAUCCAGUUUAUUCCAUUCGAGAUAUUUUGGCUGUAGCACAGAAGUAUAAAAUUGCUACAGGUGCUGCAGGACACAGGCAGGUCGCAGUAUUAAACAUUUCUUUGUGGUUUUUUUUUUUUUU